AUGUCUUCUUUGGUUUCUUCUCAAACUCAAUCUAAUCAAGAAUAUGUCAAAAUCGAAUAAGGACAUGAUAUGGGAUCAUUAUCUGAAGUUAACAAAAAUUACAUAAACACUAACUUUUUCAAUAACAUUCCAAGAACAAGAGAUAUUGUAAAAAAUGGUACAAUUUCACACGAUGAUUAAACCUUCGGAAUUUUAAAUCAAAAAAUACAAGAUACAUUCUAAGUAAACAUUAAAUAUGUUUCAUUAUAAGAAUUUUUCAAAUUGCCUCAAAAUGGAAUUUCAUAGGAUAAUGUAAAGAAAAUACUUGAUUAAAUACAAGGAAAUAAUAUUUCAAAUCUAAUUAAAAAUUAUGUUGAAAAAUAUAUUAACAAAAGAAAAGAAAAAUUAUUUGAUGUUUCUGAUAUGUUUAAAAUCGAAUCAGAAGAAAAAUAAUAUAAAAUAUGGAAUUUAGAAUAAAAUUAAUUAAUUGUUCCUAAACUCGAUAAUCUAUUUUAAAAAUCAGAUAAGUAUAACUUUACCAAGAUUAGGAAAAGAAAUUAAAAAAUAAUUAGAUUCAGAAUGUUUUGA